AUGGGGGAUUUAGCUCGGGAAUAUUCGGUUUGGAAUAUGAUCGUCCACGGCAGGGCCCGUGUGCCUAUGGCCGACCAUGAUGCUCCUCCAACAAUUUCCGACAAGGAAAAUCACUCGUACUACGACGAAAAGAUCAAUUCUAAAGAAGGGGAUGCCAUGCUUGGCCACCCGGAUCUUGAAAACCAGGAACGUGGAGGGUCUUUAAAUGGUUCUACAAAGCGCCGGGAUAGAAUUUUAUCGGUUUUUUUCGGUUUGAUCAUUGGAACUAUGGUUUAUCUUGUUCAAUAUCCUUCAACGUUAUCGAUGUUUUUCACUUCGCCUUCUCCUUAUGGAUGUGUACAUUUGCCCAAGACGGUGUCAGUGGCAAGCUUGGUGGAUGAGACGUGGAAGGGAUUCUCGGACGAGGUUUCCGGUGUUGCUAGCAACGAAUCAAUUGAAGUUAUUGAAGUUGGGUACCCAUUUGUGCCACCCAAGUGGUACGGAUCUCCAGUAUACGAGUCUCUUUUACUCAACCACACGUUUGGAAACUCAUGGGGGAAUCCUGCUGAAACCAAGUUUGUUCCUCCCUCCAACGUUUCGUUCGACAAAGUGGUAUUAACUCUUCGUACAACGUCUUCAGGAGUUCAGUACGACCGGUUGGCAAACUUGUUUGUAAAUGGGGUGGAAAUCUGGAGAACUUCCACUGCUGAGCCUGGCGGGCGCUCGAUAGUGUCUCUUGCCACCAAGGACGUGUCGGUGUAUACCGAGUUGUUCAGAAACCCAGCUUCCAUUUUAUUUGAUUUGCCCAACAUUUUGACAGGAAGAUUGACAGGUCUGUUCCAUGUUCAGUUGUCUAUCCAAUUGUACGAUUCUCACGGAGAAGCCGAUGAGCUGGACCCAGAAAUCCAGCUGAAAGCAUCGAUCUUUUCGACCCAUAAACCGGCGUCCAGGGUUCAUGCUAUCCUUCCUUCCCGCCCACAUAAACCGCUGGUAGUUUACCUUCCCUCAGACAAAAUCCGCGUUCAGUUGCCUACGGUUCCUCAAAACACUACCAGGCUCCGGUUGCUGAUUUUGACUUCAGGAAAUGCUGCUGAGGAGUUCUGGUAUGCCAACGUUUUGGAUAAGUACGCCCACAGAUUCGACGAACAAGGAAACACCUUACAAGGACACGGACCCACUCGUUUUGUGAACGUUAAUUUCAAUGGCGAGAAGAUUGCUACCCAGACACCCGACCCAAUUGUCUUCACCGGUGGAAUCUCACCUGCUUUGUGGAGUAGAGUUGUUGCUACCCGUGCCUUCGACUUACCCACUAUAGAUUUAGACGUUACAGGACUCUUGCCGCUCUUGUGGGAACAUCAAGCCGUCACUGACCGUAUCUUGGAGAUUGAGAUUAGCAAUGGUAUUGACGAGCUGAAUCGUCCAUUUUUACCAGAGCACUCACAAAUCGGUGAGAAUUGGAUUACCUCUGCCAACUUGUUGUCGUGGGAAAACAGUGAGGUUGUUGAGUCGUCUGGAGACAUUGUUAAUAUCGACGACAAGGCUCGUGCUACUGUGGUUAGUCUCGCGCCUCCUUUUUCAGGAACAAUUCAGCAAGUGAUCACCAGUAUUUUGAAUACCGAGGUCACCAGUAACCUUACAUUCGUUUUAGAAAAUGACCAAGAGAUCAAGACAACAGUGACCGCACUUACCAAGGGUGAAAUAGCAAAUGUUCAGCAUUAUCUGCACUUUGGUAGUGUGCAACUGGUGGUACAUGUUGGACACUCGUCGAAGAAUGUCACCAUAGCCACUGAGAACGACGAACUUUACAAGUUGGAUACAAGUUACAGCUACCCACUCGUGCUCAACUCGGCCGAAAAGAACCAUUCGGUUGUGCCAGGCGAUGUCAAUAUUGAGUAUGAUGUCAAGCUUGAACUUGUACGUGUCGUUGAUGUGACUAGCCCAAGGAUGCACUUGGAGGUAUCCUCAGCCCAGAACGGACUGUCCAAGUAUUUUUUGUCGAACCAAGGUAACCAUGGAACCGGCUCUUUGACCACCAAGUAUAAGAUGAAGAUUGAUGGUGACAGAAAGUACAAGAGAAAGGUGGACGUUGUCAACGGCACUGUGGUAGCGGACGAAGAGAAGUACGAGAAACCGCUGCUGGAUAUACCCAAGGACCAGAAGAAGAAGAAGCACAACCGCAAGGAACCCCAUAAAGAACAUAAGCAGCACAAGAGCAGAAAGGAGUUCAAGAAGGGCAAGCACCAGGGGCAUAAGAGCCACAAGAAGGUUCAUGAUCUGAGAGCGUUUUUGAACCGUGUUGCUGGUCAUUCUGUUGAACACCAGCUCAGUCUUUUCAGUGAUUCUGCUAGAGAACGGGUGUUUUCUAUCUUUGACAAGAUCAAAGUUAACUGA